CCCUAGAAAACAACAGUUCAAGCAAUGACAUGAAUACCACAACACUAAAUUUAACCACAGAUGAACAACUCAACAACACCUUCUCAUGGUCAGACUCAGAAACAUUACAAGAAGAUACCAACCAUACAUAUAUCAAACCACACAAGACACAAGAAAUUAAAUGA